GGCAGAGAUCGAUAAAUCCAACUAGAACUAGCAAGGCGGCAAAUAGCAUGGCUGCAGAAAUUUCUCUUCUGGAGUGUGGACUAUUGUCAAAAGGUUUAUAAAUCCAGCAAUAGCAUCUUAAGAAAGACAUAAAGCAUAGAAAAGAAAAGCAGAUUAGAGCCAUUACCUUCUAAAAAACUACGUGCAUUUGCACCAUUCUAUAUAUAUUGUUAAUAUAAGGCAGCACAAACAUCUACAGUUGGUAGCAAGCAUCUAAAGCAACAAUGGAGAAGCAGCAAAAAAGCAAGCUCUGUUGUAGAGUUGUACUGUUUCCACAACCAUAUACAGGCCACAUAACCCCAAUGCUGAACUUGGGAAAUGCCCUUCACUCGAAGGGCUUUUCCAUCACUGUAAUUCACACUCAUUUCAACUCCCCAAAUCCUGUUGAGUUCCCCAACUUCAACUUCCACUUCAUUGAAGAUGUCUUGUCAAAAGCUAAAACACCUUCUUCAGGUUCGUUAGAUACAAUAACUAUCCUUAAUAAGAGUUGUUUGGAGUCUUUUCGGAAUUGCUUGUCCCAGAUUCUGGAGCACGCUUCCAAGGACAGGGAGCCCGUUGCAUGCUUGAUAUCAGACCCCUUGUGGGAAUUCGCAGGGGUUGUUGCUGAUCAACUGAACCUCCCAAGGCUGGCACUAAGAACUGGUGGCCUGUUGGCUUCCAUUCUUUACGAAUCACUGCCACUACUGCAGGAAAAAGGCUACUUCCCCCUCCAAGAUACCCGAAAGGAAGAACCAGUGUUGGAGGUUCCACCUCUAAAAGUAAAAGACCUUCCUCCAGAAAUACAUCAUGAUGUACUUCUUGGCAUGGUUAAAGAAACCAAGAGAAAUUGUCAGGGUAUAAUCUGCAACACAUUCAAGGAACUUGAAGGCUCAAUCCUAGACAGAGUUCGUGGAAAUUUUCUUGCUACUCCUAUUUUCCUGACAGGUCCACUACACAAAAUCUCUCCAACUUCUACGAGUAGCAUAGUCACUCAAGAACAAAGCUCCAUAACUUGGUUAAACAAACAAGCACCAAAUUCAGUACUCUAUGUUAGCUUUGGAACUCUUGCAGCAAUAAGCAAGGAGCAAUUUUUAGAAGUAGCUUGGGGACUGGCCAAAAGCCAGCAGCCCUUCCUCUGGGCAACUCGACCGAGGCUGAUUAAUGGCUCAGAGAAAAAUGAAGAGUUGUUUCCAAAGGAAUUUAUAGAGAUAGUGAACCAAAGGGGCCACAUCGUCUCUUGGGUACCACAGCAACAGGUUUUGGCUCAUCCCGCCAUUGGAGGAUUCUGGACUCACUGUGGAUGGAACUCAACCAUCGAGAGUAUUUGUGAAGGGGUGCCCAUGAUUUGCCUUCCAUUUUUUGGUGAUCAGAAGAUGAACGCUAGACACAUUAGCGAUGUUCUGAAGGUUGGAUUGCAAUUAGAGAAACAACUUGAGAGGCAAGAAAUAGAGAGUGUGAUUAGAAGAUUGAUGGUAGAAAAGGAAGGUCAAGAAAUGAGAGAAAGGGUAAAUGCUUUGAAAGAGAAAGCAAAGUGUUGCCUAAUGAAAGGAGAGUCCUCAUAUGAAUCAUUGGAUCAACUUAUUAGUCACAUUUUAUCAUUUUGUGGUGCUGAAAUGGUGAGGAGCAGAAAUAAUCAAACAAUACCAUAGAUUCAGCAAAUAAAGAGUCCUUAUUUUUCCAUAAAAAUGGACACAUGUUCCUACAUCGGAUUAUGUUAUUUUCUACUUUUAAUAGCAGCCCUAUGUAUUUCAUAUGUGGUUAGCUCUUCUCGCUUCAAAUGGUAUAAUCAAAUUACACGGUUGUUCUUUACAACUUUUAUUUCUCCCA